UAUUUAAGAAGCGCGAGCGCCUUGUGCCGACUGCGCAAACGAGCGGGCUGUCGGAGCAUCACCGCCUGCAGGAGCGAGCAGGUGCGGCGCAUGCGCAAAGGGAUGAACGUAGAUGGGGACUGCAGCAUGUCAGUCAACUGCGGCAAUGGGAAGCUCCGGCAGUGGCUCAUCGAACAGAUCGACAGCGGUGAGUAUCCAGGCCUGGUGUGGGAGAACGAGGAGAAAACCAUCUUUAGGAUCCCAUGGAAACACGCAGGAAAGCAGGACUACAACCGAGACGAGGACGCAGCACUGUUCAAGGCUUGGGCUCUGUUUAAGGGGAAGUACAGGGAAGGCGUGGACAAGCCGGACCCCCCGACUUGGAAAACGAGACUCCGCUGUGCUCUCAACAAGAGCAACGACUUUGAUGAACUUGUGGACAGAAGCCAACUGGACAUUUCGGACCCUUAUAAAGUCUAUAGGAUCAUCCCUGAGGGAGCAAAGAGAGGCGCCAAGUCCAGCAGCAUUGAGGACAACUCAUCACACGUGACGUCUCUCAGUUACUCCAUGCACUCUCCUUAUCCUCCUCUACAGCCUCAGAUGUCUAGCUACGUGCUGCAGCCGGACAGGAGAGACUGGCGAGACUUCAGCCCUGAGCAGACACACCACCCGCCACCGCACGCGGAGAUACCGUACGGCCCGUAUCCGUCCCGGCCCCUGCAGUGGCACACGCAACCCUGCGACAACGGGUACCAGAUAUCCGGAUCCUUCUACACGUAUACUCAUCCAGAGUCGCAUCCUGUGUCCGUGGACCCGAGUAUGAGAUCCGCAGAGACCAUGGCAAUCUCUGAUUUCCGCCUGCACGUGUCACUGUACUACCGCGAGUCUCUGGUAAAAGAGGUCACCACCUCCAGUCCUGAAGGUUGCCGGAUCUCGUCCUCUCCCUCCCCGUCCUCUCCGUCCUCCCCGUCGUCCCCGUGCAUUGAGGACAGGCUCUUCGGCGGGCCCGAACCUGUGCUGUUCCCCUUCCCGUACCCGCAGUCGCAGCGGCGCGGUGCUGAUAAGCUUCCCAACGUGCUGGAGCGUGGCGUGCUUCUCUGGCUCUCGCCUGACGGACUCUAUGCCAAGCGCCUGUGCCAGAGCAGGGUGUACUGGGAAGGACCGCUAGCGCCAUACUCAGACAAACCCAACAAGCUGGAAAAGGAGCAGACCUGCAAGCUCCUGGACACACAGCACUUCCUGUCAGAGUUGCAGGGAUACAUCCAUAACGGACGCCCGAUGCCCAGGUACCAGGUGGUGCUUUGCUUUGGAGAUGAAUAUCCAGAUCCUCAGCGACAGAGCAAGAUGAUCACAGCUCAGGUGGAGCCGAUGUUUGCCAGACAGCUGGUGUACUACGCCGGUCAGACCAAUGGGCAUUACCUGCGGGGUUACGAGCUGCCCGCUCAGGGAACCCUGCCCGUGGAGGAGUACCCGAGGAGUCUGCAGCACAUGCAGGAGUGAUGUCACGGCCCGAACUGCAUGAAACGGACUUGUCCGAGGAUGCUCACUUUCCUCCAAUCUAUGCUGUUUCUCAUCUCAAAAAAUCCUUCCAGACCCAGGGGGCAGGAGGAGACGGGACGGAGAGGUAACUGCAUAUCGGAUACCCGUCUACCUUCGACACACUCGUGAACAGUACAUACAAAGCUGUGCACCGAAAAGGCAUGAAAUGAAAUCGUGAUCGAGUGCUAUACGCAAUAUUAUAAAUAUGUAUCCAAAACUGUUAAAUACUGUCUUUGGUAACUUUUUUUUUUUUUAUUCGAAAUUUGUACUACUUUUAUACUUUGUGUUUUAUACUUCGAAUGUUCAUUUAAUUUCCCUUUUUCUUCCCCCUUUGAAAAUCAGCUGCCUGUUCUAUGCAAUAGAAAACUCAAGCUAAAAACGCUUCCUGUUUACAACUCGAUCAGUCGUCUAUUUAUAUUUGUACUGUAUAUUGUGUGUAUGUUUGUGUGCGCGUGAGAGUGGUGUGAGUUCUGUAGGCGCCUAAUCUUGAAUGUAAUUUUUUUCCCUUUGAAUGAAGUCUCUGUAAAAGUGCCCAAUACUAAGAAAUUGAACUUUGAGACUUACUGUUAUUCAUAAGCCUGAACCUUUAAUCAGAGACAGCCAUCUUUUUCUGGUGCUCAGUGUGUAUACGAGCCUCUGUGUGCGUGUGUGUGUGUGUGUGUGUGUGUGUGUGGUAGACUGAGUGCUGAUGGGAAACUGUCGCAGGUUACUGGCCACAAUGUUGUGGUAAAAUGGUGUAGAAAGGUCGAGAGAGGAGGGGGGGAAAGAUGUCAGUGUUUCUAUUUUUCUAAUUUUCUCUCUUUUUGAAAAGAAAUCAGGAAAGUUUUGUAAAGCUGUAUGUUUUUUAUUCUGUUAUUACUUUUAUGUAGUCAAACAGUGAAUGAAAAUAAAGAUUUCUCUGUUUUCUUAA